GCUGACUGGAGAUUGCUUACUUCUUUUGUUUUUCUCAUCUCCCGAUCUCCCGCGUUAUCCCCUCGCUCAAGCUGGUCCGCUGUCAUUUCUCAGGUCCGAGACUUUGAAGAGCCUUCUCCCGCAAGCCUACCUAUCCGUUCGUUUCUGAACUUGACUAUUUCGUUCUUUCCACCCAUACAAAAUACCUCCAAAGACGGAGGCACAUCGAGAAAGAGAAUGAGGACAACGACCACGAUGUCGCCUCUUUUACGUACAAUAGCUCUGUUGCUUACUUUCGUCUCUAUAAUAUCUGCACAAUCAGUCUCUACGGCCAGCACAGAUGGUGGUGGCUAUACAGGAUACAACCUUUCACUGUCUCAAGACGAAGAGUCAGCAACUUACGAUACAUCAUCGACACCUGCGAAUGUCUCUGUAUCAUGGCCCGAACCAGACGUCUAUCUAAAUGCCAGCGUCUUCGUCGGCGAAAUCUCAAUUCUCGUCGCAAACCUCACCGCAAAAAUAAAUCUCGAUGCGCAAGUGCUUUCACUACUGAAGUUCAACGCUGGAGUGGACCUACACAUCGAUAAAGUCUCACUCUUAAUCCAAAACAUCUCCGCGAAAGUCGUCCUCGAAGCCCGUCUGGAGAACCUCGUCCUCAUGAUCGACGACAUCCUCGAAUCUCUAGACCUGAACCCGAUUCUCGCAACCCUCGGCCAGAGCCUAAACAACAUUACGGAUUCAGUUGGCGAUGUUGUGGGGGGCGUGGUUGGGACGCCGUCAAGCUCUGUUCCGGGAUCAGCGCCUACUGCUGCUGCCGCAGCUGCGAAAAAGAGGAGGACUGGAAUCGAUCCGUUGCAGUUCCCGUACAAUUACGAGAUUCAGCAUAAUAUACUGUAUACGAUAAAUGAUUACACAGGGCAUUCGCACACGAAUCGCGUGUUGUCGCAGACUGGUGCGAUUGUCGAUCAAUCGCUUGAUGAUAUGGGACAUGUGGUGUCGGAGAAGGAGGUGGGCACUUAUGAGAAGGAUAUGAGGUUCAACGGGGAUAAUAUCACGGUUGUGCAUGAUGGGAAGGAGGUGUGGCAGUUGGAGUAUGUGUAUGAGCCGUUUAGGGGGUUAAUUGUUCUUAGUUAUGUUUUCGUGGAUCAGGGUGGGAGGGUUGUAGGGACGCAAGUUGCCAGUGAGGGAUAUGCUGGGGGAAGUAGCACGAUCGGAGAUAAUUGA